AUGGCGCAAAUGAGAGGACCGGGCAGCUAUGGCAUUGGCACCCAAGUCCCAUUUGGGGGCCCCAGUGAGCCGGCGCCCGAAUCCGGUCCCCUCGAUGCCAUCCGGAAACAAACCAGCAAGAUCGAGGACUGGCUCGACACGCUGAGCGAGCCACUCAAGCCCUACUUGCCAGCAAUUGGCCGCUUUCUCAUCGUCGUCACGUUCCUCGAAGACACUCUGAGGAUACUCACACAAUGGAACGACCAGCUACUCUACCUACACGAUUACCGCCACAUCCCGAAGGGCAUCACGCACCUGUUCCUCAUCGUCAACAUGGCCUCCAUGCUGGUCUGCUCCGUGAUGAUCAUCAUCCGCAAACACGCCGAGUACGCCGUGGCCGGCCUGAUGGCGGUGGUGGUCACGCAGGCGCUCGGCUACGGCCUCAUCUUCGACCUCAACUUCUUCCUGCGCAACCUGUCCGUCAUCGGCGGCCUCCUGAUGCUCCUGUCGGACUCGUGGGUGCGCAAGUCCAAGGCCUUCGCGGGCCUGCCGCAGCUCGAGGAGAAGGACCGCAAGAUGUACUUCCAGCUGGCUGGCCGCGUCCUGCUCAUCUUCCUGUUCAUCGGCUUCGUCUUUAGCGGUGAAUGGUCCAUCUGGCGGAUCAUCGUCUGCCUCAUCGGCCUGGUCGCCUGCGUCAUGGUUGUUGUCGGCUUCAAGGCGAAGUUCAGCGCCACCCUGCUGGUCCUCAUCCUCAGCGUAUUUAACGUCUUUGUCAACAACUUCUGGACCCUCCACGAGCACCAUCCCCACAAGGACUUCGCCAAGUACGACUUCUUCCAGAUCCUUUCCAUAGUUGGGGGCCUCCUCCUGCUCGUCAACAGCGGCCCCGGCCAGUUCAGCAUCGACGAGAAGAAGAAGGUCUAUUAG